AGGUAGUCGCGACCUCUCUCUCCUCCGUCUCUCCAUUCCCCACUCGCUCUCGCCUCUCCCCCCUCCUCCCCACCAUGGCGGUGAAGGGGAAGGGCAAGGCGGUGGCCUCCGCGUCCGCAUCCGGCGGCGGGGUCAAGCGGCGGAAGGGCCCCGGCGACGCGGCGGGGCCCUCUUCCUCCUCCUCGGCGGCCGCGGAGGCCGCCAAGCGCCGCCGCCGGUCUGGGGUCCUCCAGUUCUUCGACGACGCCGCCUUCGUCGGGGACGAGGAGGAGGAUGAGGAUGAGGAGGAGGAGGAGGAGGAGGAGAUGUUCGCGUCCGACGGCGACGACGACGGUUUCUUCACCGAGGGAAAGGCAGAAAAUGUUAACUUAAAAAGAACUGAAAGGUCACACCCUCUUCCGUUUCUUGGGAUAGUUAAGGAAGAGGAGCUGAGUGGUGAUGAACUUGAAGAAUUUAUCAAGGAUCGUUAUUCAAGUCGAGUGAAACACACCCCUUUUGAUGGCUCCACCAAUGUACAGGAUGACGAGUUUACCGAGGAUGGUCUAUUGAAAGAGCCAGUAAUUUGGAGGAUCAAAUGCAUGGUUGGGCGUGAGCGCCAAAUUGCUUUCUGCCUCAUGCAAAAGUAUGUUGAUCUGCAAAAGUUUGGUACCAAAGUUCCAAUUAUCUCAGCAUUUGCACUUGAUCAUGUGAGAGGAUUUGUUUUUGUUGAAGCUGAGAAGGCCUGUGAUGUUACAGAGGCAUGCAAAGGAUUUUGCAGUGUUUACAUAAGCAGAAUUAAUUCUGUUCCUGUAGCUGAAGUUCCUAGCUUGCUAUCAAGCCGCGCAAAACCAUUUGCAAUAUCUCCAGGUACAUGGGUGCGCAUGAAGACUGGAAUUUAUAAAGGAGAUCUAGCACAGGUUGUUAGUGCAGAUGAGGGGCGAAAACGGGUGAUGAUCAAGCUUAUACCCAGAGUUGAUCUCCGGGCUAUUUCAAAAAAAAUUGGUGGUGCUAUUCCACUAAAAGAAGCUGCAAUUCCUGCUCCACGUCUAAUCAGUUCACAAGAAUUAGAGUUCUUCGGAUCUCAUAUUGAAAGGAAACAUGAUCGCCAGACAAAUGAUUUUUAUGAAGUGCUUGAUGGUCUCAUGUUCAAAGAUGGUUUCCUGUAUAAAAGGGUUGCACUUAGUUCUUUGAUUUACUGGGGGAUACAACCAACAGAAACUGAACUUCUCAAGUUCUCUUCCACUCCAACUAUUACAAGUUCAACUGAUGACUUGGAUUGGGUCUCCAGCAUGUAUGGUCCUAAGAAAAGAAACGUUCCAAAAGAACCGGAUAUGGAGCCUUCCUCUUCGAAAGCUUCAUCUUCUAAAGGAAAAUACUCCAAGGCAUCUUCUAAGGCAUCCACUUCUACUGAAGAUUACGAGGAUAAAGGAUUUAAUCUCCAUGAUCUUGUACUCUUUGGGCGAAGAGAUUUUGGUGUGGUCAUUGCUUUUGAGAAAGAUGGUCUUAGGAUAUUAAAAGGUGGUCCUGAAGGAUCUGCAGUAACUGUUAGAAAGCAGGAUAUUAAGGACGUUUGUGCAGACAAAAUGCUUACUGCUGUUGAUCAUAAGAAGAAGAUAAUAUGUAUUAAUGACACCGUUAAUGUUCUGGAAGGGCCAUUCCAGGGUAAGCAAGGAGUUGUUAAACACUUGUACAUGGGCAUACUGUUUAUCCAUAAUGAAAGUGAAAGUGAGAACAGCGGAUUUUUCUGCGCCCAGUGCAGUUCAUGUGAAAAUGUCAAGAAGCGGAAGGAACUGGCAAGUUUCACUUUUGGAAAUUCGGACGAUAAUCCUAUUCCCAUGUUUUCAUAUGAACAAAAUGAGCAACGGGACAAUGAAAGGCCUUACAGGAGCACUAGAGAACAACUUUUCUCAAUUGGGGAGAUGCUGCGUAUUCGAAAGGGUCCUAUGAAGGGCUAUCUCUGUCGAGUAGUUCGAAUAUUUCGCAAUGAUGUAACUGUUAAGCUAGAUUCACUGCUGAAGAUUGUCACAGUGCAAGCUGAGUUUCUUUCAGUCCCAGCUAAAAGAGGGGAUAACUCUUCUGGUGCUCCAUCUGGUCCUUUUGGUUCAGAAGCCGAUAAACCCUCAUGGGACAAUGGAUUACCAUCUUUUGGAAGUGAUUCCUGGCAACCCUUUUCAAGUGCUGCAUUACCAGUUCAGAAUGCAGAUGGGGAAUCUGAAGUUGAUCCAUGGUGUAAGAAAACUUCAUCUUCUGCCAAUGAUUCUGAUCCAUGGGGUACGAAAACAAAAUCUGCAUCUGUUGAUGUAUGGAACAACAGUACCACACAAGUAGAGAACUCCAGUGACAAUGCAUGGGAUAAACAACCUGGAGGUAGUGGACCUAAUAUUGGUGGAAGCUCUUGGGACAGACCAGCAACUGAUAAGGAAAGUGAAAAAAGUGACAACUGGGGUGAGGCAUGCAAGGAGACAGAGAAAACUGGUAGUGAUACAGAUCCCUGGGGAAGCAAGGUCAAAGAGAUAGAUCUGAAAGAAACGGAUAGCUGGGGAAAGGCUUCAAUGCAACCAGAGAAGAAGUUGGAGGAUGAUAGUCAAGGAUGGGGCCAACCUGUUGGCAAGUCAAACCAAGACCAAGAAAAAGGUGCAGACAAAUGUGGGGCUUGGGAUACUGUUAUUGCUGGGUCAUCUUCGUCUGUUCCUGGCAGAGGGGAUGAUGACUCCUGGAUUAAAACUGAUACUUUGCCUGUUGCUCAAGAUGAUGCCUGGGGCAACUCAAAAGAUUGUAGUGAUGGGGCAGCUGGGUGGAAUGAAACUAGAACAUCUAAACAAAGCCACAGCACUGGAGGAUGGGAUGCUGCUGCUGCCAACCUGAAUGAAUCAUCUGAUGUGGAUGCACAUAAGGACUCAUGGGGCAAAGCAAAAGAUACAACAGCUAAUGCUGAAGAAAAAAAUAAUGAAAGUGGAAACUGGAACAAAGCUGGACCACUAGACAAAGUUUGUGGCAGUGAUUGGGGUAGUCCAAAGUUUUCCAGUGGUGAUGGUCCAUCCAGCUGGAACAAGGGAGACAAAAUUGGAGGAGAUUCUCAAAACGGCAGCUGGAGCAGACCUGGUGGAAACUUUGAAGGUGGUCGUGGGUUUGGGCGAGGACGGGGCAGAGGCAGGGGCCGAGAAUCUGGGGAUUUCGGUGGCAGAAAUGACCAAGGAAGCUGGAAGAACUCAGGGACUAGUGACAGUUCUGGAAGGCCCUCUUGGAGGUCUGAUAGUCAAGUUGAGAAGGAAGUGGGAGAUUCUGGUGGAUAUCGGGGGAGAGGAAGAGGAAGAGGCCAGUAUGGAGGACAGGGAAGAGGAGACAAUGGUUGGAGAAAUGGAGGUCAAAGCAAUUCUGAGUUUGGAAGGAGUGAUGCUGAUGCACCAAACUGGGGAAAUAAAGGUGUAUCCAAUAAAGGUUCUUGGGAUAGUGGUGACAAUUGGAAUGCCCCAAAGUCAUCUGAUGAAAAUCAAACUUCCGCUUGGAACAGUUCAGAAGAUAAAAGGCCAUCUGGAGGCCAAGAGCAACAAAGUGGUGCUUGGGCUAGCAAGAUGACUUCUACUGCUGGCGCUGAGGAUAAAAGUGAUGCCUGGGGCACCAAGGCGGAAGGCAAUUCUGGUAGCACUGGGGGAAAGUGGGAGAAUGCUUCAUCUGGGGAAGAGCAGCAAAGCGACCCUUGGGGAAGCAAGAUCUGUUCUAAUGAAGGCAAAGAACAAGAAACUGACCCUUGGACAAGCAAGGUGACAUCCACUGCAGAUGCUGAUGAUAACAAUAAUGUCUGGAACACUAGCGCAAGUGAUACUGCCUCUGGGAGUGAGAGCAAGUGGGGCAAUGCUGGGGCAGAGGAAAAGGCAGAUGCCUGGAAAAGUAAAGUGGGGAGUGAAAAUAGUGGAGGUUGGAAUCAGAAAUCUUCUUGGGGUAAACCAAGCUUCUCAGGUGGAGAGCAGGAACCAGCUUGGAGCAAUCCAAAGAAUGGUGAUGAUAACAGUGGAUAUGGUAGGGGUGGAUUUGGACGAGGAAAUCGAGGCAGAGGGAGAGGAAGAAAUUUUGGUGAUAGUGGAUCCUCAUGGAGCGGAGGAAGUUACAGAAAUGAUGAGUCACGUGGAGAGAGAUCUGAAGAUCGCUGGAACACACGAGAUUCUGAUGGUGGCAGAGGAAGAGGAAGAGGACACUUUGGCAGAGGUGAUCGCAAUCAAGGUAAUAACUAUGGUUCGGGUGACAACAAUGACAGAACCUGGGGUUCUGGCAGGGGAAACAGGGACCAGGAUGGUUGCAAAAAUUGGAACCGAAAUGAUGACAGAAGACCGUUCGGUCAAGAUCGAGGUGGUGACUGGUCCCAAUCUUCCGACUGGAACGCCAACAAAGGACAGUCCAGCUGGGGAGCGCCAAAACCUUCUGGUGGAGAUGACCAGGCAGGAAAAAACAAUGGAAACAAUCCGUGGGGUGCUCCUGCUGACAGCAUGACUGGUGGUGGAUCCGGUGGAGGAGGGUCUUGGAAAAAUAAGACUGAGAUACCUGGAAUUCGUCUGGAGGAACAAGGGAUUCAGGUACGACCCCAGGAAAAUCUUCUUGGGGUGGAUCAGAAGAUGGCCAAAAGAAAGAAGGAUCAUGGGGGAAAAGCGAGGGGAGCGGGAGACAAGUCGGUGGAGGCAGCUCCUGGGACAAGCCGGAUGGAGGAUGGAACAGCAGCAAGUGCGAGGGCACCCAAGGAGGUGGCGGCGGUAGCUCCUGGGACAAGGCGGAUGGCGGGAACAGUAACAAGGGCACCCAAGGAGGUGGUGGCGGCAGCUCCUGGGACAAGGCAGAUGGCGGAUGGAACAGCAGCAGCAAGGGUGGGAGCUCCGGCAAUGGUGGGUGGUAAGCUCGAUCCAGGAUCAGCUGCAAUCCAUUAGUGCAUGUAUAUAAUGGUUGCCAUGCAGCUUGAACUUGCUGUAUAUUUCUACUCUUUCUAGACUUAGAACGCUAUUAUUAGUAAUAACGUCGCCAUGCUACUCUAAACUACGAACUUACCUUAAUUCCAGCAGAACAUUAUCUAUUGCUGACGGUUAUUAAGGUAGCUUUGUAUCACCAUCUCUACGAUUCCCAGGUGUUUUUAUGCUCCUUUUGUUUUGACGAUGUGAUAUUUUGUGUUAGUUUGAUGGAUGCGCCUCUGGGCAUAAUGAUGAAGCUCUCAAACACCGUUUCUCCA